CACACAUGUAGUCAGUCUGUGACACACUUAACCUCCCUUUGGACCCUGUUUGCACACGUGGCUGCUCUCAGUGUGACAGCAGAACAGGAUAAAGGUUCAGCAGCUGCCUCAGUCAAGGGGAGGAUGCUGUGUAUUUUUCAAAAUCUGAACUUACAUGCAAUGUUACAAAGAUUGUUUUCCAAAUGUCUUCAUUAGCUGGAUAGGCGAAACAACAGGACUUAUAUAAACAGUACAUACAAUAUAUUUUGUUGCCUGAUAAAUGUGAAUAUUUUUACAGCCAUUAUAGAACAUAAAAGUACAAAAAUUCCUUAAACUGUCAAAGGUUUUUCACAAUGGUUGAUUGUAAUUGUACUGCUGUCAGUGAAUAAUGGUAAAGUUUUCACUUUUGAAAAAGGACAUUUUGAAUCUCUGUCAUGUGUGAGCCUUGAUAACCUGGAUAUAUAUCUUCUUCUUUCAUUGAACUGAACAUUUGUUCGAAAUGUUAGUUUGCUUGUGCAUUUUGCAUGUGACACUGACAUUUUUUCAACCAUGUGUAUUCUUUGAAGUGCCUGAAAUUUGUUAGUUAUGCUGAAAAAUGUUGAAAUGUGCAAUUUAUGCAAUGUAAAUGCAUGCAGGCUUAUGUUAUGUGUCUUGCUGAAAUAAGUCUUCAAUAGGAAAUCUUUCUCGGGUAUUAAAUUUAAUACCUAGUAACUUUCCUUUUUGUCCUCUUUUGAUCUGUCUUUUCCUCUCCCUCUCCCUCUCCCUCCAUCACUCUCACUUCUCUUCUUCUAGCUCUGCUGCUGUGCAGACAUGAAGAGCAACAACAGCCUGAAUCCUUUAUACUUUCAGCUCACACUUUUUGGAGAUUCUGGGCCCCUCAGAUAUCUGUUCUUCUGUCUGUGUCUGUUGAUCUACAUGACUAUAAUCUCUGCAAAUGUUCUCAUUAUUCUGACAGUCUGCCUGGAGAAGACUCUUCAUCAACCCAUGUACAUGUUUAUCUCCUUUCUGUCUUUAAACUCUCUGUACGGCUCAGCCGGCUUCUUCCCGAGGUUCUUGAUGGACAUUCUGUCUGACACUCAUUUGAUCUCACGUGCAUCUUGUUUCAUUCAGAUGUAUGUUAUCUACACCUAUGCAUCAUACGAACUAACUAUCCUCGGCAUCAUGGCCUACGAUAGAUUUGUUGCUAUUUGCCAGCCUUUACACUAUCACAGCAAAAUGACGUUUAGUAUGGUGAGGCAUCUUUUGAUUUUUGCUGUGCUCUACCCUGCAGUUGCUCUUGGCUUCUGUGUUUAUCUCACUGUUCGAUUGCCUUUGUGUGGAAAUAAACUGCACAGGCUUUUCUGUUCUAACUGGCCUGUGGUUCAGCUCUCCUGUGUGGACACAACCCUGAACAACAUAGUCGGUCAGUUUGUUACAACAACAACCAUCUUCAUCCCCCUGUUCUUUGUCCUGUACACCUAUCUACGGAUUCUGCUUGUGUGCAGGAGAAGCUCGUCUGAAUUCAGAGGAAAGGCCUUACAAACCUGCCUGCCCCACAUGGUGACAUUUGUGACCUAUUCGUUCUCUGUCUUCUGUGAGCUGUCACUAACUCGAUUUGAGGCUGAUAAAAUUAAUCCAGUCAUCACAGUUGUUUUAUCUUUAGAGUAUUUGAUCUUUCCCCCCAUCAAUAACCCUCUAGUUUAUGGCCUGAAUCUGCCUCAAAUCAAAGGAGUGAUUUUUAGAUUUUUGAAGAUACACAAAAUGGUUCCUGCUGUCAAAAUUUAAAACUCAUCAUGCACAUACUGUAUAGCAAACAAUGAAGCUUUAAGCCAGUGUUGUUGACAAAAUAUACUUCUGGAAUAUCUGGAAUGUAUUUAUCCAUGGUUUCGUUUGCGAUCACAUUAAUUUUAAGGAGAUCGGAAUAUCAAUGAAUAGAAUAGAUGUAAUAUUAAAAUAGAUAAACCUGAACCACAACAAUGAUAAUGAUAUUGUACAAGUUAAUGUAUGGUUCAACUGACAGCUCCACAGGCGAAAAUACAUAUUUGAAAUUCAGAAACUAGAUUUGAUAAGUUUUUAGGUGUGUAUGGUGGGAAUUUGGAUGUUAGAUGUGUCUUUGUUGUAUUUUCUGUAUUGUUCCCUUUUCUGUUGUAUUUCCCUUUUGUAAUUCUAGUUAUAUUAAGCUGUAAUGAUAAUCAAAAAACAAGACUAAGAGUGUAAAGCCAUGCUACUUACCCAAUGAGGCUUUAUUUAGGCACAACAGUGCUUUGUCACCAUGUCAUGCAAAAUCAGCAUGCUAACAUGUUGAUGUUUACCAGGUACAAUGUUUACCAUGUUCACCAUUUUAUUGUAGUGGACAAAU